AUGGAUCAGCGGCCUAAUCUGUUAAAUUCACUAGAGAGGCAACCAGCAAGACUGCAGCAACUGAAGUGGAGCAUUGCUGCCCCUACGCAAGCUGGAGUUGACCGCACACUGAUGAGGAAAGAGCAGGUAGGGUUCAGGAGUGGGAGAGGGACUGUCAACCAGAUCUUCAUCCUUAGAAACAUCUUAGAGCAAAUCAACGAGUGGAAUGCUAUACUGUACAUCCAUUUUGAGGACUUUGAGAAAGCUUUUGACUCGUGCUCUGUGAUUGAUAACAACGAGACCACAGACCCUUUUCCUGUGAUGACUGGUGUCAAACAAGGAUGCUGCAUAUCAGGCUUCUUGUUCCUCCUAGUGGUAGACUGGGUGAUGCAACAGACUAUCAGAGGAAAGAGAACAGGAAUUAGAUGGGACUUCACCACUUUGCUCGAAGAACUCGACUUUCGGGACGACACUGUCCUAUUGUCAUCAGCUAUUGACCAUCUUCAGUCUAUAACAUCAAAACUGGAAGAAAACUCCGUAAAAGUUGGGUUGAAGCUGAAUGCCAAGAAAUGUCAGCAGCAAUUACAAGACAAGACAGUUCUGGAGAUGGCAGACGUAGAAAGCAUCAGUGUCGAGGUGAUGAGGAGGAGAUGGAAUUGGAUCGGACAUGUGCUUAGGAAGGAUCUCACGGAUGACUGUGUUGUGGCCCUCUGGUGGACGCCUGAAGGGAGAGGGAAGCGCGGUCGCCCCAAGAACAACAUGGCGACGGCUGGUGGAGAGAAACAAUGA